UCCCUCAUAUCUCUCUUUCUCAAUCCCUAAAUUUCUCCAUGCCUCCGAUCUCCAGCCUCUCACUGCAUCUCUCGCACGAUCGACUAUCGCCUUUAGCCUUUCCGAAUAAAUGGCCUUUGAAUCGAGCUCAUCCUCGUCUCCUCUGGUGGGUCAAUGGAAGUUGAGCGCCACCUCUGCUUGCUCGGGACGCCGCCUCCUUCGGUCCCAUCGCCCCCGCUGGCCGGGGUGAAGAAGUUGAGCACGGACUAUGCUGGAGUUCUGAGAGGAUUGGAUCUACAAACACUUUGAUGCUGCAAACAAAAAUGAAGAAGGCAGAGUUGAACAUAAAUGAAAAGGGUUUGAUAUCUGCUUUACAACACUUGAAUCCAUUAUGCAAUUUAUAAUAUGUUUUCCCCUUCUAUUAUGCUCUUCUCGGAAAGAGUUUUACUUGGCUUUAAAAAAUGCUCAUGAUUAAAUAUACUCCUGUUUUAUGUAUGGCUGAUUUGUUUGAAUCAUAAAUUGAAAGAUUUUAUCGCAGUGUGCUAUGUAUAGCUUAAAUUUGGCAACAUUGUUAUACAAAAUAUAUUUGUACAGAGAGCAUGUUUAUGAAACUUAAUAAGCAUUUUUUGGCAUGUUAUGAAUUCUAUCAAUUAUGACUAGAUAGAUGUCAGAUGAAAUAAUUGAGAUAUUAUUAUUGCUGUUAAAAGUAUAAAUCUCAUUUCGUCUUUAAUAGAAUUGCAAAAAGUUUACUCUAGCAUAUGAUAACUUCUAUAAUUAUUUUCGACUAUAAUUUUCUGUGGCUAUAUUAGAAUGGUUCUGGCUUGCUUAUCUAGUCACCGAAAAUAUAACAAAGUUUAUACCCUACUGUUAUUCUUGUUUCAGAUGAUGUGUAUAUAGUCAUGCAAUGCCAUGAAGUUUAAGUACUUGACAUUGCCUAACAAAUUAUCAAGAAAUUUGAGAUAGGACUUAUUUAUAGAAAUUCAAAUGAGCCUUGGUAAAUGUAAUUUUUUACCUAAAAUUUUAAGUGUUAAUAUUUGAUAAGCUAUUUGAGACUGACUUUUUUUUUUAUCUAAAGUUUUAUUAUUAACCUCACUUCAAUUUCUAAUUCUUGAGACCUUGAUAUUAUUAACAAUAUGCUUCUUUAUACAUAAUGAUUAAUUGGAUGCAAAUACACUACUACAUUAUGCUUCUAAUUCUUGAGAAUAAUGUAUUUGACUCAACCCAAGGCUGAGAAGAAAGAUUAAGAUGAGCAUUUGGUUUUUCUCUUCUUUGCAUUAUUAUUUAAUGAUUUAAUUCAGAUUUGACUCACUUUCAUUAUAUUAUAACAUUGUAAAUGUGUGUAUGUGCUGAGACAGAUUUCAAAGAAACUAUUUUGCAACAGUUUGCAAGAGGUAUGCUUCUAACUUUUAUUUUAAUACUAUGCAAAUGUUAGAGGAGUUUGAAUAUCUUAAAUAUUCAUCCAUAGUGAAGUAGGUUCUGAGAUUGUUAUUGUGUGCUGCGGUGAUAACGGAAGGUUGAGAACUUGUGUGUUUUAGUGAAGUAGGAUCUGAGAAAUUUGUGUGCUGCGGAGAUAAGAAAGAAAACUUGUGUGUUGUUUGAAUUGAUGUAGACUUGUCUAUGAUCAUCCUAUAAUUGAAUUGUGUUUGUUUGAUUGUUUUGAUUAUAACAUAUACUUGUAUGAAUGUACAUAUUGCGUGUUGGCAUACGCAUAUAGCAUAACCUUUUGUAUUUCUUGUUUUGUAUAUGUUAGUUUUCUUCUUGUCCCUUGUCUAAUGUCUUUAGUGAGGUGAUUUAUAACAUUGAGCAUCACUUUUGGUUCUUGUGAUCACAUGUAGGUUCAAUAGUAUAAAGUGCUAUACAAAAGUUUGAUGUUAUUAGCAUAUUGGUUGAUAAUUCAUGAUUUCUUUUUUUGCACCAGAACUACUAUUUCAAUUUGUGUUUAUUUUAAUUGAAGCAUAGCUUUAUGUUUCAUUGUAGUCUAAUAGUUUGAUCAUUUUCUUACUUAAAUAAUAUCCAAGUUAUUUUUUUUCUUCCAAAUUGUAAUUGUUUUCACCAUGUUCGAUGGCCUUAGCUGAAACAAUGUAUUCUUUAAACAAUUGAAAAUUUUCUAAAAAAAUCAAUUGGUGAGUUUUGGGUUCAAUCAAUUGAGACAUAGGAUAUAUAUUUAUAUAUUUACUCGAUGAUUUCCUUUUCUGCACUAGAACUACUAUCUCAAUUUGUGUUUAUUUUAAUUGAAGCAUAGCUUUAUGUUUCUUUGUAUUCUAAUAGUUUGAUCAUUUUCUUAUUUAAAUAAUAUCUAAGUUAUUUGUUUUCUUCCAAAUUGUGAUUGUUUUUACCAUGUUCGAUGGCUUUAGCUGAAACAAUGUAUUCUUGAAACAAUUGAAAGUUUUCUAAAAAAACAAUUGGUGAGUUUUGGGUUUAAUCAAUUGAGACAUAGGAUAUAUAUUUAUAUAUUUACUCGAUGAUUUCCUUUUCUGUACCAGAACUACUAUCUCAAUUUGUGUUUAUUUUAAUUGAAGCAUAGCUUUGUGUUUCAUUGUAGUCUAAUAGUUUGAUCAUUUUCUUACUUAAAUAAUAUCUAAGUUAUUUUUUUCUUCCAAACUGUGAUUGAUUUUACCGUGUUCGAUGGCCUUAGUUGAAAUAAUGUAUUCUUUAAACAAUUGAAAAUUUUCUAAAAUGGAUUGAUUAUCACUUUGUUAAAAAUGUUGCGCUUGUAUAGAAUUCAUAAUUAUAUGGCUAUUUAUUAAAAGAAAUAUAUAUGCUUGACCAAAAGAAAUUAUGAUUUUCUAUUUUGCGUAGACUUUCAAAUGUGAAUUAGAUUUAUAAAUUUGGAUUAGGCUUAUUCACAACUCGUAGUGUUACUUUAACAACUUUUUCUGGUAUGCUCGUUGUGUUAUUUUAAUAACUUUAACAAAUGUCACCUAGUAUGUUUGUGUUACAUAUUAAUGAUCUAUUAUAUUUAUGUUCUUGGUGCUCUUAUUUAUAACUAUAUUAUCUUUUCUUUUCUUGCUAAGUACUAUAGACUUAGAAUCUUAUGCAUAUUACCUACACAGGGCAUGUCUUCAUAUGUGUAUAUAUGUAUAUUAAUUUCUCGAUGUUUAUUGUAUAUUUGCUAAUGUGUUAUGAAUGAUUGGUAAUUUGGUUUAUUAAUGUCUAUGUGAUUUCAUAAACAAACUAGCUUGAGCACUUUUAAAUUGAGACUGACAGGUAUGCAUUUCCAUUGGUCAUUGUAAUAGAGUUAGUAAUUCUACAGCUCAUUCCUUAGCAAAACUUGCAUUAUCUCUUGAUUCCCCUAGAGUUUGGUGGCUUGGUUUGCCUUCAUGUCUGUGGCCUUAAAACUCUUUAUGUUUGAUGUUUUUGCUUCAUCUUGGUUGUUUGCCCAAUAAAAUUCUUUGAAUUUCACUCAAAAAAAAAAAAAAAAUUAAGACUAACCACUUAAGCCAUGAGGCUAUCCAAUUUGAUAAGAAAAAUACAACUUUUAUAUAAAUUAAUUUUGUGACUGAAAACCACAAUCAUCCUUUUUGUUUAUUCUGCAACCUCAAGUUCUCUAUUUAUUUUAGUUUUGGUUUAACUUUAAUGGUGUUUAUUCUGUAUUGUAGGCUAAAACUCUACUUGGAUAUUUAAGAGAACCAAGGCAACACGAAAUUCUUUUUCAAGUUGUUGGGUACACUCUCCUAUCCAUUUUGUCAAAAUUUACUAAGGCAAAUCAAACUGAGAUUGAAGAAAUACCUCAAGAUGUAGAUGCGAAUGUAAUGAACUUAGCCAAGAAGACAAGGGGAAAAACUCUAUUGGAAAAUCUUACCAAGAGGAACAAUGACUUAAGGAUAAUAAAUUGGAAUGAAAAAGGGCAACCAGUUGGUACUAACUCAGUGCAAUUUUCUUCUUUUGUGGGCGCUCUUGUGCCAGAGGUUGUUCCUUACAUUAUUUCAGAUUGGAGGAAAGUUUCACCAAUUAUGAGAGAUGUUCUUUGGGCAUCUAUUAAGGCACAAUAUGACUUACAUGAUGAUUGGCAAAAAAAGAUGUGCUUUGAAAUGAUGGCAGAACUAUGGAGAGCUGGGAAAUCUAGACUUGUAAAGGAUAUUAUCAAUGCAAAAAAUGAGAGUGAACGACUAGCUUUAAAGCCAGAUUGCAUAAAAAGUGAUGUAGAAUGGAGAGCAUUUGUUGCCAAAAAAAUUAGUAAAGAACAUUUGGAUAUAAGGGCCAAAUACCAAGAGAGAAGAAAGAAAGUUGUUCCACACACCUUAAGUCGAAGAGGAUAUGCUCGAAUAAUCGAUGAUAUGCAGAAAGAAAAUGAGGAUGUUAAAAUAUCUAGAAUCGAUGCUUUUCGGAGAGCCUAUACCAAGAAGAAUGGUGAACCUGUAAACCCAACGACAUCUGAUAUUUUUGGUUCAUUGAAUGAGAUUCUCCUUGAAGACCCAAAAUCUGGAACUACAGACAACGCUGAUGAGCAUGCCUUGACAAAAUUGUUUGGUAACCCAAAAUCUGGUCGUUUAAUCGGACACGGAAGAGGCGUAACAAGGUCAAAGCUAACUGUUGUUGAUAUGUGUAAUAGCAAGAUCUCCAAGUUAGAAGAAGAGCAACAUAAUAUGAAGCUCAAAAUGACUAAAAUGAUGAAUCUACUUAAAGAACACUUGGUGGUAUUUCUAUCUUGCACUUAUAAACCUUAGUUUUCUUUUCUUCCAAUGAAACCUAUCUUGGUUUUAUAUUUAGGUUGGUGGUAAAGUGACACCAAGCGAAGGACAGUCUCGCAAUGUACCGCAGUCAAACAAUAUUCAGUCCCCUAAGAGUAUUGUACUGGAAAAAAGACAUAACUUUGCAGAAGGGAAGAAUGCUUGCUACUUGCUUGACUGGGGAGAUGUAAUUGUUGCUGAAGGUCGUUGGGAUUCUAGUGAUCCAAAGAUAAUUGUACAUGGAAAGCCUCUUGGACAAGACUUUAUGCGAAUGUGACAAACGAAGUAGAAAAUGAUACUUAAGACUCCUUGAAAGUAGUAACUUUGUUUAUUUCUUUGUGUUGAAAGUAGUAACUUUUAACUAUGUUGAAUAUUUAAGACUCCUUGAAUACUUAAAGAACAUUUUGUUGUUGAUGAUAGUGUUGAAUGUUUUAAACUAAUUUGUGGAUUGUUAAUACAAUGUUGAAUGUUCUUA